AUGUUUUCCGCGCCACCACCGAAAGAGAACAAGCAUGUCGCGUGCGCACGCUGCCGCGAGCGUAAGGUCAAGUGUGAUGGUGGGAAGCCUGGCUGCCGCCGAUGCCAGCGGAAUGGGCACAGUUGUCAGUACGUCAGGGGAAAGAAACAGCAAACCCCAAACGAAUGGGUUCAACAUUUGAGGACGUUCAGUGCGGCUCCAUCAAAUACGAAGACUCAUAAUGGACAUGCCUCAAAGGCUGUGGUACCACAAUCUUCGGGUUCAGUCGAUUCGACGGCAGGACGAAGUGCCUCAAGUGAGGUGUCUAAUCUCCACUCGAGGUCCCCAAGCCCCUAUGAGCAACACAGUCUCGCGUAUGCCCAAAGUGAUACGUGGAACGCAUAUGGAGCACCAAACACAAGCUGGCCACAGGAUGGGUACUGCAGUACGGCAGUGAGUAACGCCAGCUUCGAGGAUAACCCAUCCAACUUCAUGCCGAUGGCACCUUUCUACGCCGACCCAGGCUACCAAUCUGGUUAUCUCAUGCCCGAGAAUGAUAAUUCUUUCCUAAUGCGUUCUUCUACUCCAACGUCACAGGCCUCUGAGGCCAUCUCGACGGAGGAGUGCGUUGAUCCGGCGUAUAUACCUUACCCACCUACAUCAUACUAUGCACAUACCCCUGUGUCAUUACCACAAAGCACAGCUCCCAUACCAUUCAAUUAUGGAUACCAGACUUCCAUGUACACAUCCCAGUUCUAAGCCGAGGGAGGAGAACAGUCAUGACUUAGUGAGAAAGAGGGCAGAAGAGGUUCAGCGGCCUUUACGCGGGGGUU